GGUGCCAAGAUGGCGGCCAGGUAAACACGGCCGGGGGCGCCGGGCGCGGGGCCGUGCGGGGGCACUGAGGGGACUCUGAGGGGACACUGAGGGGACAUUGCCAGCGCCGCCGGCCGUGCGGGGACUGGCGGCACAGCGGGGGCCGCCUGCCUUCCCUCAGGCCAGCACGGAGCCGCGUUUCUCUCCGCGUCGCUGCCUCCGGAGCCUCCCCGGCCCUGUCGCGGCCCGGCGGUGAAGGGAGGUGCGUGCCUGUCCCGGGAAGCUGCCCCUGUGGAGGCACGGGAGGCGUUUGCGGCAGUGUCACCCCUAGACUGAAAGCUGCUGUUUUUGUGUUGGGAUGGGUGAGCUGGGAUCUUUGCAGUGACUUGAAGCAGUCUGGACUUAUUUAAACUGGGAGAUGUGGAGUGGGCUGUUACCUCCAGGACUGAAUGAGAGUGAUGUUGAUCUAAGUUCUGAUGAUGGAGACGAAACACCUGAUUCCUGCUCAAAAGAAGAUGCUGAGAGACUUCAGGGGACUGAACAGGAGAGUAAUGCCAGCACUGAACUUAUUGUACCAGUGACAGAUGAAGGAAGUGAAUCUCAAACCUGCCCUCCUGGAGUUUCUGUAAAUAUCUGGAAUAAAUUUGUGGAGCUUCAGAAGAAACACCGUGAAAUGAAAAUGCAAGUAAAAGAGGAAAACAGAUGCCGAAAAAGAAAGCGCCACCGAAAAGCAAAACAGAGAAAGACCGAUGAAGUGGCUAAGAGUAGUCAGCAGUUGGAAAAUGAAGACAAAUGGAAAGAACUUACACAAUACUUUGGAAUCAAUGAUAGAUUUGAAUCACCUGUGUACAGCAGGGCUCCACAAAAGUCUGGCCUUGAACUGAGCAUAGAGAAGUGUGUGGCUGAAGGUGACAUUGCCAAGGCUGAGGAGCUGAGUGACAGAUUAGCCAUUCGUGAGCUUGGUGUGAAAAUUGCCAAAGCUGCCGCUUGCCGCAACUUUGUAAAAGCCAAGCAAGAAGCAGAGGCUGCCCAAGAAGCUCAAAAGAAAAAGAAGCUUGCUUGGGGAUUUGAAGCCAAGAAAAGAUGGGAAACAAAAAGCAACAUGGGAUACAUGUAAUCCAUCCUAUUUUCCUCAGGAGUCAAAUACCUGUUCUUACUUGAAGAAUUUUUGUGGGCAACGUAUUAAAUCUAAACAUAACCCCCCCCACC